AUGUUAAAACCCCAGUUGACAUGAGUUCACUGAUGAGAGAAGAUGAUUAAAAGAUUCAAUAUAAAAUUAUGGAUUGAUAAUUUUCUUCACACUGAAGUAAAGUACUGAAAUGAAACUAGAAAACUGUGAAGUGUAUCAGUGAAAUUAUAAGACCACGGGGGUAUUAACUAUUGAUUUAAAAUGUCUUUUCAAAUAAACUUAAAAAAGCAUAUUAUAUAAAUAUACGUUGAAUCCAGGAAUAUGAUGAGAUUAGUGAGAAACUUAAAUUGAAAUUUAAAACCAACCUGAAUCUGAACUUAAAACCCAAAUCUGAACCUAAACCUGAACCUGAACCAAACCUUAAUCUUCGAUCUGAACCUGAACAUGAACCUGAACCUGAACAUAACAAAACAUCAGAGCUAGAAUUCAGGUUUUAAUAAAAAAUUCAGAAGCAAUCAAGAAACAAUCAUAAUUGAACGCCCCACUUUAAAUGGAGGGUCACUUCAAAUUACGACUACAGUCCCCGUGAAGAGAGCAUGAGUUAGUUCAGGAAGGAGCAAGAUGUCAGACCAGGAUAAACACAUAACCUCAGUUUACAAUCAACAAAACAGACGGGUUGAACAGUAUGUAGAAGAAAACUAUACAGCAGUUAUAUCGAUCUCUUAUACUCAAGAGGAACCAAGUAUAGGAGCUGGAGUUUCGGUUUCUUGUAACCAGGAUUUUGCUCCUGGAGUAUCCGUUCUCUGUGCUAAUGCUGAACCCGGAGUUUCCAUUCGCUGUGGUUCAUCUGAACCCGGAGCAGGAAACCUCAAACCUAAACCUAAACUCAAGGAUAAUGUGAGUUCUAUCUAUAUAUCUGGAGAGGGGUCGGAUCAGGAUCAGGAAAGAGUUAAAUAUAAGGUUCAAGAGCCAAGAGACACUGGGUUAGACUCUGUUCAAAACCAAGAUCUUCAAAAUCUGGAACAAGACCUUGCUCAAGAUUUGGUUCUAACUGAAGAUGAAGAUCCACUGGAAACACAAUCACAAGAACUAGAUGAUAAAGUGUCUCAAUACACAGUCCAGGACACUGCACAAUACCUUGCUCAAGACCCAAGUCAAGAUCAAGUUCAAGACCCAAGUCAAGAUCAAGUUCAAGAUCCAAGUCAAGAUCAAGUUCAAGACCCUAGUCAAGAUCAAGUUCAAGACCAGAAUCAUGAUUCUCUUCAAGAAUACUAUAGAGACCCAGUUCAACAUUGUGUUCAAGAGUCAGUUGAUGACAUAAUUCAUGAUUUGGUUCAAGACAACGCUAUAUACCAUGGUCACGAUGGUCAAGACCAUGACCAGAACUGUGUGGAAAACCCAGUGCAAGAACCUGAGCAAGACCCAGUUCAAGAUAUAUUUCAUGAACUAGUUGAAGAGACAUGUGAAUACCAUGGUCAAAAUUGUGUCCAAGACCCAGAGAAAGUCCCAGUUCAAGACGCAUUUUAUGAUCUACUUGAAAACUCAAGUGACCACCUUGGUCAAGGACCGAUUAUAAACGAAGUUGAAGAUAGGAUUAAAGAACCUACAAAACACCUAACUCAAGAUUCGUCUGAUAAUACAGUUCAAGACCUGGAUACAGACCUAGUCCUAGACCUAGUUCAAGGAUUGACUACGGAUCCAGAGGAAGAAACAGACUUGGAUGAAGUUCCUUCGAUAAACCAAUUGCAAGAAUUAAACCAAGAUUCAUUGAUGAAAAAACUUUCAGAAGUUCAAGAAGCUAUGACUCAGAUUCUUGAUAAAGACAAUGAUGAGAAUCAAGAAGAAAAUCAGGAAGAAACUCAGGAUGGAAAUCAGAAAGAAACUCAGGAUGGAAAUCAGGAAGAAACUCAGGAUAGAAAUCAGGAAGAAACUCAGGAUAGAAAUCAGGAAGAAACUCAGGACGGAAAUCAGAAAGAAAAUCAGGAAGAAAACCAGGAAGAAAAUCAAGAAGAAAAUCAGGAAAAGAAUAAGAAUGAAAAUCAGAAAGAAAUCCAGGAUGUAGUUUUAAAUCUUGAUGAUCAGCGAAAGAAUCAAGAAACUCAAGAUAUUGUACAGAAGGAGCUUGAUCCUAUAAACAUAGAAAAAGUUACAAAACAAGAAAAUAUGAAUAAGCCUAAAGAGCAGAGCUGUUUUCAACAACUUAUACCUAAAGAAAACUCUGAAAUUUUACAAAAUACUUAUCUUGAACCAUCACUCACACCCAACCCUGAUAUCAUGCAUGCCUGCACUUGUCUCCCUGAGACCCCUGGUGCUGGCCCUACCCCUGAUGAUGACCCAACCAUCAGUAAUGAAUGUGACUGUGUUGCCAAAGAUCUGAAAAGCAUGUGUCAGGAUGGAAUCUCAGGUUCACAAGAAAGAAAUCAAUCAUCUGAGUUUACUGUUGAAGAUCCAAAUCUGCUGAGUUUGACAGAUCGUCUUAAUACAAUUGAAAGUUCACAACAGAAGCAGCCAUUUUGCAAGGAAGAGCCACCAUAUUGCAAAGAGGUGCAGGCAGAAUCUUCAGACCAAGGAAAUUUUUUUGAAAAUUCUAAAGUGAAUCAAGAUGAAACUAGAAUUGAACCCUUCAGCGAGUUUGAAAACGAUAAAUCAGACAAGGAAGAAGUUGUGAGAACAAACUCAGGGUCCACAAACACAUCAACUGAGACUGGAGAUACAGGUUCAACUGUUAUCUGGAAUGAGAAACUGAAACCUUCGUUAGAGGACAGUUUCUCUUCAAUUCCAUCAGAAGACUGGAAUGAAGAUUAUUCGAAGCUGUCAGAAACCUCAUCAUCCUCCUCUAAUGAUAUGGAUGAUAUACCAGAACAUGAAACAAGUGUUGAUGAUUCUCCAGAUCAUUCAGAUGGUAGUAUACCUGAAGAAAACGAUGAUUCCAAUGACUUCUCUGAAGAUAGGAAAAACGGAGAAAUUAAUGAAAGUAGAAUCGAUUAUUCUAAAGACUCUGCAAUAGAGUUUACAUCGGAGGAUUUAAAUUUGACUUUUGAUGAGGGGUGUGUAGAUUAUGUAGAUUAUGAGCUUGUGCUAAAAUCAAUACCUGAGGAGUUGUUGGAUGAAAUAUCAGAGGACAGUUCAGAACAGGAACAAGAGAAUUUACAGGAGCAGGACACUUCGUUGUCCUAUAAGGAGAAAAGGACAGAGCAAGGAGAUGAAAAAAAUGUUGAACAGAAUCUAACAAAUAAAGCUGAGACAGAUAUGGAGAGCCCGGAGCACGAAGGCAAGAAUUUUGAGCAUGCAAGGGAGAAUAAAGAGCAAGAAAAGGAGGAACAAGAGCAAGAACAGUGGGGUUCAGAACAGAACAAUGAGAACAUUUUAUAUCUAAAAUCAGCAAAUAUGUUAAGGACGGAAGAAGAGGUUAAGUCAACCAAGAUACAGGAAGUGUACGCUGAAGGGAAACAAGGGAAUCAGGAACAGGAGCAUGAGAACAUUUUAGAGCAACGGCAUGAGCAUAGUUUAGAGCAGGAUCUAAAGAAUAGUAUUGAGCAGGAUCAGAUGGAGUGCUUAGACCAGGAGCACGAAAUGAAUUCAGAACAAGAUCAGGAAAAGUGUUUAAAACAUAAACAGGAGAGAAUUGCUGCGCUGGAACAGAUUAAGUGUUUAGAAAAAGAACAAGAACAAGAGAAUAAUCUUGAGCAGAAACAGGUCGAGAGUUCAGAAUAUGAACAGGCGAAGAGUCUAAAAGAAGAACACCAGAAAACUGACAAGCAGGAACGGGAGAAGUGUUCAGAUGAGGAACAGGAACAGGAUGAUUUUUUAGAUCUUGAGCAGGAAAAGGUGGAGAGUUUAGAACAAGAACAGGAGACUAAUGUUGAGCAGGAACUGGAGGAUAGUUCAGAACAAGAUCAGGAGAAGAGUUCAAAACUAGAUAAGGAACAGAGUUCAAAACUAGAUCAGGAACAGAGAUCAAAACUAGAUCAGGAACAGAGUUCAAAACUAGAUCAGGAACAGAGAUCAAAACUAGAUCAGAAACAGAGUUCAAAACUAGAUCAGGAACAGAGUUCAAAACAAGAUCAGGAACAGAGAUCAAAACAAAAACAGGAAAACAAUGUUGAGCAGGAAUUCUUGGAGAUUAUUGCUAAGCAGGAACUAGAAAAGAGAUCAGAACAAGGACUGGAGAAUAGUUUUGAGCAUGAAAUGAAGGAGUGCUUGGAACGAGAACUGGAACAGAAUAUAGAACAAGAACAGGAGAAUAUAGAACAAGAACAGGAGAAUAAUCUCGAGAAGGAACUUCGUAAGAGUUCGAGACAGGAACAGGAAAAGAGUUUAAAACAAGAACAGCAGAAUAAUAUUGAACAUGAACAGGUAUAUUGUUCCGACUUGGAGCAGGAAAGGGGUUCAGAACAAGAACAGAAGAGUAUUGAUGACCAGGAAUCGGUGGAGAGUUUAGAACCGGAACAGGAAAAUAGUCUAGAUCAAGAACAGGAAAAUAUUGCUGAGGAGGAACUGGUGGAUUGUUUAGAACAAGAACAGGAAAAUAGUCUAGAUAAGGAACAGGAAAAUAUUGCUGAGCAGAAACUGGUGGAUUGCUUAGAACAGGAAAAUAGUCUAGAUAAAGAACAGGAAAAUAUUGCUGAGCAGGAACCGGGGAAUUGUUUAAAAACGGAACAAGAAAUGAGUCCAGAUCAAGAACCGGAAAAUAUCGCAGAACAGAAACAGGCAAAGAUAAAAAAUUCUCCGGAAGAACCGGAGACUCAUAUCGACCAGAAACAUGUGGAUAGUUCAGAAGAGGAACUGGGAAAUAUUUCCAAAGAGCAGGAGAAUCUAGAACAAGACUUGGAAUCAGAAAUGGGUUUUGAGCAAAAACAGCAGAAAACGUUAGUUCAGAAACAGGAAAGAGGUUUUGAGCAGGAGUAUCACAAAUCUAAAAAUAGUUCUACUGAAAUUGAUAAAAAUGAAAUUAAACAGAAAAAGUCGGUUUCUUUUGAGGAGGAAGUUGAAUGUAUUGGUUACAUAAACAGUGAUUCUUCAGAUGAUACAAAUGAAGAAGGUUUGGAUCAAGAAGAUGAAAAUGAAGUCAACAAACAAGUUGUAGAAGAUGAGGAUCUACUUGAGAAGGGAGAAGUUACGAAUAAUUUGGAUGAUAAGGCUGUAGAUCAAAGAUUUUCAAAACAUGAAUUAGAAGAAACAGAUGCUGACUCUAAUGAUUCUAAAAAUGAAGUUGGGAAAGGGAAAGCCAAAGUCGAUGGUUUUACAGGUAAUCAUUAUGAUGCAACUGAUGUUAAAACAUGCAGAAGUGUCAAAUCAGAUGAUCAAGAUGAAAUAGGUUCAGAAAUCUCUGAUGACAACAAAAACGCAUCUUUUAAAGAUGAAGAUAUUUCUUACACACUUAAAGAUCCAAAAGCAAAUUACCAGAUUCUUGAAGGCUCCGAACAAAGUGCUCAUAAAGUUAUCAAUCCUAAACAAAGCAUUCAUAGUUUAAAACUUGACUUUGAAGAUAUUUAUGUCAAAGCAGAGAUGAAUUAUGAUAAAAAAGCUUGUGAUGACACUGAUCGUGAUGCAAAAAAUCACACAGACAAUUCUAUAGAAAUAAUGGCGAUGGAAAACAAACAUUUUCAAGAUGAAGAUUUGGAAGAAAUAAAUGAGGAUAAGAAUGCAUUAGCAAAAGAUCAUACAGAUGAAAAAGAUGAUGAAACAGAAUAUAAUGCAUUCAAAAAUGGUCUUUCUACUGAUACUAAAGCUACAGCUCAUGAUCAUUCACCUAAUAAAACAAAUGAUUCUGAAGCUGACAAAACUGAAAAAUCUGAAAAUGAUUUUGAUUUGAAAGUUUCCAGCCCAGAUAUGGAUUGUAAAACAGACAAUUCAGGUGUUGAAACUCACUCCUUUAAACCAGAAAAUCCUGAACCUAUCGAAAACAAUGUUUAUGUUGACAAAAAAAGCUUGAAAUCCAAUGGUGUAGAAGUUGAUGUACCAGAUAUUAGUAAUAUUGAGGAGGUUACUGCAGAUAUCGAAACAAAUAUGAAUACUCCUAAAAAUGUACAUGAAGCAGAGAUAUCUCCUGUAAUAAAUGGUGCUAUGAAUAGUGUACCAACGGAUCCUGGUAUAACUAUACCUGCUGAAGUCGAACAAGUGAAAGAGCUGAAAGAUAAAAAUGGAAAGACAAAGAAGAGCAAAUUCAUUCCUGGGCAUAAGAGAGACAGAUCUGUAUCUAUCAACACAAAGUCAAAUUACAACAUGAUAUCACAGAAUAACGAGCUUGAUGAUUCAAAUGUUAAUACAACCAUAUCUAUUGAACCAGAUUCUCCUGAUAAUACAUUUAUAAGAGAAGGAUUUUUAUCAAAAUUCUUCAGAAUUCUUCUGUCCCGCCGGGUCCGAAAGACGGAGGAGAGAGAUGGUUCUGAUGGAGAAUAUGGAGAUGAAUACUCGGAUGAUAUAUCUAACGAUGGAAGUGAUAUAAGUGAGAUUUACCUGAGGAAAAUUAAGGAGAAUGAAACACCAAGGAGAUUCAAGUAUUCACAGUUUGAGAAUUCACCUUUUGAAGAAUUAGUGAAUUUGUGCAAGUCUGGUGACUUACUGGAUAACAGCAGGAUUGCAGACUGCAAUGGAUGGAAGGAAGAUAUAGCAGAAGAAAACUCACAAAAGAAUACAAGUUUGCGGAAUCCUUCUCGAUCAAGAUCUAAGCUGAAAACUGGACACGGAGCUAAGUUUCAAUCUUUGGCAAACCUCUCCGUAAAAGCUGAAUCUCCGGGUGUCAGGGAGAAUAGUCUCAAGUAUCAAUCCUUAUCUAAUAUCAGGCGAUCCCUCUCCAGAUCCAGGAUGGAGAUUCUCAGGAAGGAAGUUCAGAUCAAAAUACCACCAUUGGCUGCUCCAGAGUUCAUGGAAGACGAUCUCGAGAAAAGAGAAGACGACAAGAUUACGAAGAAUGAGGUUGAAGAAUCUGAGGCUUUUUCCAGAUUUUGGCCCAGAUGGAACACCUCUAAAAAAGAAGAGAGCAAGAAGACUGAUUUAAAUGAUGAAAAGUUGAAAGAAAUUAAAAUAAAUGAUACCGGAGUAUUUACUAAUCAAACAGAAGAUCAAACAGAACAAGAGUUAUUAGAAAGUACAAAUAAAAUGAAUACUGAAGCCGUUUUUAUUCAAAAAAAG